AUGUUACUUGGAAAUGAACAUGGAUCAUUUAUUCUUCAAGAUAUUAUCCAAAAUCGUUCAAAUUCUCCUCCUUUGAUUGUUUCAGCUGGUGAUUUUAAUGCUGAUGGACAAUCAGAAAUUGUUGUUGCAUAUGACAGUAGUGACUCAAUUGAUAUGUUCAUUACAUAUAAUACCGGAACUUUUAUAAUGACAUAUAAAUAUUCAGUUGGUUUAUCUCCGAGAUAUGUAGUUCUUGAUUAUCUUAAUAAUGAUAGUUAUAUUGAUAUUAUUCUUGUUGAAUAUGACUCAUAUGAUAUAAGAAUUUUUUAUGGAAAAGAGAAUGGAAGUUUUACAGAUCCAAGAGUAUAUCCAACCGACGUUCGCCCACAUUAUGCUGCAGUUGGCGAUUUUAAUUCUGAUCAUCGACUAGAUGUAGUUGUUGGAAAUUCUGGUGUUCAUAUACUCAACAUAUUCUUCGGAUAUGAUAAUGAUACUUUUUCUAAUCCAAUUACUUAUUCGAUUGACGACGGUAUACGACAUCUAGCAGCGGGUGAUUUUAACGAAGAUAAUCGAUUAGAUCUAGUUGCCGUCACUGAGAGUCAAACUAUCAUUCUAUUUCAAGGAUUGAGUAAUGGUUCUUUUUUCGUAACUGAAAUUAAAAAUCGAAGUACAGAUGAUCAACGAUUCAUAGUUGUAGCUGAUUUUAGUAAUGAUUCUCAUUUGGAUUUUGUUAUUUCGAAUUAUCGUAACAAUUACGUUGGUAUUUAUCUUGGUUAUGGAAAUGGCUCUUUUACUCAACAAAUAACAUAUUAUGUUGACUCCCAUCCAUAUGCAUUAGCAGUGGGCGAUCUAAAUCAUGAUAAUUGCCUGGAUAUUGCUGCAGCUACUCUGGGCUAUAGUACGGUAACUGUCAUUCUUGGCUAUGGUAAUGGAUCUUUUGCAGAAAAGAAAAUCUUUCCAGUUGGUACUCUCCCGGUAUCUAUUGCUAUUGGUGAUUGUAAUAAUGAUAAUCAUCCAGAUAUUAUUGUUGCUAAUAAUGGUGACAAUUUCAUCAGUAUUUUAUUAGGAAACGGCGAUGGUUCAUUUCGUACUCAAAUAACAUAUACAACUGGCUCUGGUCCACGUUCUUUAGCAAUUCAUGAUUUUAAUAAUGAUGGCUAUCGGGAUAUUGUUGUGGCAAAUCAAGGUGAUGCAUCUUUAGUCAUCAUGUUCGGCCAACAGAAUCUCGUUUUUCAAAAACAAACAACACUCUCGACUGGUAACAGCUCUCGAUCACGAUCAGUUGUAAUUGAUGAUUUCAAUAGUGAUUAUCAUAUGGAUAUUAUUGUUGCUAAUUCAGGUACGAAUAAUAUUGGUAUUUUCUUUGGGUACGGAAACUUUACUUUUGCAAACCAAAUAACAUAUUCAACUGGUAAUAAUUCAUAUCCAUAUUCAGUUGCGGCAGGUUGUUUCAAUAAUGAUACUCGAUUAGAUCUUGUUACUGCUAAUUAUGGUUCUGAUAGUAUUAGUAUUUUUCUUAAUGACAAGAGUAACUCAUUUAUAAAUCAAAGAACAUAUUCAACAGGUUCAUCAUCAUCACCUUAUUCUGUUACUGUUGGAGAUUUUAAUAAUGAUAAUAAUUUGGAUAUCAUUGUUAUAAAUAAUGAUAAUAAUAAAUAUGGAGUGUUUCUUGGUCAUGGUGAUGGAAUAUUUGAUUCAGUAAUAUUAUUUGCAAUGCCAUAUGGAUCUCAUCCAUCCUCAUUAGCACUCGCUGAUUUUAAUCAUGAUGGCAAAGUGGAUAUUACUAUUCAAUUGGAUACAAAUUCGCAUCCAUUAUCAAUUACUUUUGGUGAUUUUAACAACGAUCAACAAUUGGAUCUUGCUGUAGCUCUUGCUGCUCCAUCAAAUCAGAUUGGAAUGUUACUUGGAAAUGAACACGGAUCAUUUGUUCUUCAAGAUAUUAUCCAAAAUCGUUCAAAUUCUCCUCCUUUGAUUGUUUCAGCUGGUGAUUUUAACGCUGAUGGACAAUCAGAAAUUGUUGUUGCAUUUGACAACAGUGACUCAAUUGAUAUGUUCAUUACAUAUAAUACAGGAACUUUGAUAAUGACACAUAAAUAUUCAGUUGGUUUAGCUCCAUUAUAUGUAGUUCUUGAUUAUCUUAAUAACGAUAGUUAUAUUGAUAUUAUUCUUGUUGAAUAUAACGCAUAUGAUAUAAGGAUUUUUUAUGGAAAAGAGAAUGGAAGUUUUACAGACCCAAGAGUAUAUUCAACCGACUUUCGCCCAUAUUAUGCUGCAGUUGGCGAUUUUAAUUCUGAUCAUCGACUAGAUGUAGUUGUUGGAAGUUCUCGUGUUCAUAUACUCAACAUAUUCUUCGGAUCUGAUAAUGAUACUUUUUCUAAUUCAACUACUUAUUCAGUUGAUGACGGUAUACGACAUCUAGCAGCAGGCGAUUUCAACGAAGAUAAUCGAUUAGAUCUAGUUGCCGUGGCUGAGAGUCAAAAUAUUAUUCUAUUUCAAGGAUUUGGUAAUGGUUCUUUUUUCGUAACUGAAAUUAAAAAUCAAAGUACAGAUGAUCAACGAUUCAUAGUUGUAGCUGAUUUUAAUAAUGAUUCUCAUUUGGAUUUUGUUAUUUCGAAUUAUGGUAACAAUUACGUUGGUAUUUAUCUCGGUUAUGGAAAUGGCUCUUUUACUCAACAAAUAACAUAUUAUGUUGACUCCCAUCCAUAUGCAUUGGCAGUGGGCGAUCUAAAUCACGAUAAUCGCCUGGAUAUUGUUGCAGCUACUUUGGGCCAUAGUACGGUAACUGUCAUUCUUGGCUAUGGUAAUGGAUCUUUUGCAGAAAAUAAAAUCUUUCCAGUUGGUACUCUCCCGGUAUGUGUCGCUAUUGGCGAUUGUAAUAAUGAUAAUCAUCCAGAUAUUAUUGUUGCUAAUAAUGGUGACAAUUUCAUAAGUAUUUUAUUAGGAAAUGGCGAUGGUUCAUUUCGUACUCAAAUAACAUAUACAAGUGGUUCUGGUCCACGUUAUUUAGCAAUUCAUGAUUUUAAUAAUGAUAGUUAUCGGGAUAUUGUUGUGGCAAAUCAAGGUGAUGCAUCUUUAGUCGUCAUGUUCGGCCAGCAGAAUCUCGUUUUUCAAAAACAAACAACACUCUUGACUGGUAACAGCUCUCGAUCACGAUCAUUUGUAAUUGAUGAUUUCAAUAAUGAUCAUCAUAUGGAUAUUAUUGUUGCUAAUUCAGGUACGAAUAAUAUUGGUAUUUUCUUUGGGUACGGAAACUUCACAUUUACAAACCAAAUAACAUAUUCAACUGGUAAUAAUUCAUAUCCAUAUUCAGUUGCGGCAGGUUGUUUCAAUAAUGAUACUCUAUUAGAUCUUGUUACUGCUAAUUAUGGUUCUAAUACUAUUAGUAUUUUUCUUAAUGACAAGAGUAACUCAUUUAUAGAUCAAAGAACAUAUUCAACAGGUUCAUCAUCAUCGCCUUAUUCUGUUACUGUUGGAGAUUUUAAUAAUGAUAAUAACUUGGAUAUCAUUGUUAUAAAUAAUGAUAAUAAUAAAUUUGGAGUGUUUCUUGGUCAUGGUGAUGGAAUAUUUGAUUCAGUAAUAUUAUUUGCAAUGCCAUAUGGAUCUCAUCCAUUCUCAUUAGCACUCGCUGAUUUUAAUCAUGAUGGCAAAGUGGAUAUUACUGUGAUAAAUAAUGGAACAGACAGUUUAAGUUUAUAUAUACAAACCUGUUAA